GUGCUCUUACAUGCUGAGACUCCAUGUCAUUACCGCUCUAAUCACAGUCAGGGUCUGGAGCAGGUAAGCGCUGAUUCUGGAAGCGUACAGGGAAGACUGCUCAUACUUAGGUCUGGCAGCCAACGACCUGCAGGAUGGUUUCUCUGUUCCUGCUCGUGUUGCUGGUACCCGGGGCCCUCCUCCAGGAAGACUGUGAUGUCAACUCUUGCCACCCCCAGCUGGGGGACCUGAUGGUGGGCCGUGCUGCCCAGCUCUCCGCCUCCUCCACCUGUGGACGGAACGGGCCCCAGAACUACUGCAUCCUCGGAUACCUGGAGGAUGAGCAGAAGUGUUUCAAAUGUGACUCCAGGCAGCCCUACAACCUCUACAACAACCAAAACAGCCACCAGAUUGAGAACGUCAUCACCACCUUUGGCCCUGAGCGCAAGAUGAAGUGGUGGCAGUCUGAGAACGGGGUUCAUCAAGUCAGUAUCCGGCUGGAUCUGGAGACUCUGUUCCAGUUCAGCCAUCUUGUCCUCACUUUCAAGAGUUUCCGUCCUGCCGCCAUGCUGGUGGAGAGGUCCAAAGACUACGGAUACAGUUGGAAGGUGUUCCGUUACUUUGCCGAGGACUGUGCCUCCCACUUCCCCGGGGUCUCACAGGGGCCGGCUGACAGCACCGAUGACGUCGUCUGUGACAGCAGAUACUCUGCCUCAGAGCCAUCUACUGACGGAGAGGUGGUGUUGAAGGCUCUAGAUCCAAGCUUUGACAUAGAGAACCCAUAUGCUCCCCAUAUUCAAGAGCAGAUCACCUUGACCAACCUGCGGGUCAACUUCACCCAUCUGUUCACCCUGGGUGACACCCUACUGGGGCGGAAGAAGAGGAACCCUCAGGAGAAGUACUACUAUGCCCUGUACGAAAUGGUGGUGCGCGGCAGCUGCUUCUGUAAUGGCCAUGCCAGCAUGUGUAUGCCCGUGGAUGGCACCCGGGGUGACGUCUUAAAUGAGCCUGGCGUGAUUCACGGGCGCUGUGUAUGCCAACACAACACUGUGGGCACAAACUGUGAGAGAUGCCAGGACUUUUACAACGAUGUCCCCUGGAGGCCGGCCGGCCAAUCUGACCCACAUGUCUGCAGAAGGUGUAACUGUCACGGUCAUUCGGAGACGUGUCACUUCGACAUAGACCAGUACCAGGCCAGUGGGGGGGUCAGCGGGGGGGUGUGUGACGGCUGCCGACAUGACCGCAUGGGUCCCCAGUGUGAACGCUGCCGACCCUAUCUCUAUCAGGACCCCCAGCUCUCCAUGGAAGACCCUCGGGGCUGUAUCUCAUGUGACUGUGACCUGACGGGAUCCCUGGAUAACGGCCUGUGUGACCCCGUGUCGGGCCGCUGCGUGUGUAAGGAGAACGUGGCGGGGGACAGGUGUGAUCGCUGUAAAUUUGGCUUUUACGGGUUCAGCCAGGAGGACCCCACUGGCUGCCAGAGGUGCAGGUGUAACUUCCUGGGUAGUGUUCUGACUCCCUACCCAUGUGACCAGGUGACAGGCCAGUGUGUAUGUCAACGCUUCGCCAUGGGACCCCUGUGUGACCAAUGUCUGCCAGGUUACUGGGGUCUGGGGAACACUGUACACACCUGCUCACCUUGUGACUGUGACCAUGGAGGAGCCUACAGCAGCACGUGCUCUUCAUUGGACGGACAGUGUCAGUGCCUGCCAAACAUGGUGGGCCGGAGCUGUGGUGAUCCUGCCCCGGGACAUUUCCUGGCUGCUCUAGACUACUACCUGUAUGAGGCAGAGAACGCUGCCCCACUGGAGGGAAAAAGCUCCUCCCCUCUGUUGAAACCCACAGACCUGCCUGUGUGUGAGGAAUACUACAGACAGCAGGGCUAUGACAUCAAAUAUCAAAAUGGCCGCUUGGUCCUGACCAGGAGAAGCAAAAGACAAGCCAGGAGGAGAAGACAGGGACAGAGGUCCAUUCCCCUGGACCCAGGCUCAGCCCUCCAGAUUGUGCCCCGGGAGAGGACACCAGAUGUACCAAUCACUUGGACCGGCCCAGGAUUCGUGCGGGUCCUGGAUGGUGCUGGGCUUAGGUUCACUGUGGACAACCUCCCAGCGUCCCUCGACUACCAUCUAGUCAUCCGCUAUGAACCAGAGUCGCCAGAUGACUGGAUGGCCUCUGUGAGCAUUGUUUCAUUAUUGGCUGGUGACGGAGGUUGUCCCACUAGCCCGAAAGGGGAGAAAACCCUCACCAUACCUGGGGCUGCCAGGGUUGCCAUUUUGGAUACGCCUGUGUGUCUGAACGCGGGAAGAAGAUAUUAUGUGGACAUCACUUUUAGGAAGCAGCCCAAUUCUAACCCUCAGUCCAGCUCACAUACCCUUGUCGACUCAAUGGGUCUGAUCCCUAAGAUGGAGUCUGUGCAGGACUUCUGUUCGCAGAGUGAGCUGGACUCGUUCAGAAGAUUCCGCUGUUUUGAGUUGGCUGCUGAGCAGGAGACCCUGCCUGAUGUGUGUUAUGGCCUCAUUGGAAGCCUGUCGGCUCGCAUACACAACGGUGCCAUGCUUUGCAGGUGCAACAUUCAGGGUUCUCAUGGCCCCUACUGCAGUAAAUUCGGAGGGCUCUGUGAGUGCAAGGCCAACGUGGUUGGCCGCUGCUGUGACUCCUGCGCCCCCCUGAACUUCGGCUUCGGACCCAACGGCUGUGCACCCUGUGAGUGUGACCCUCGCGGUGCAGUGGCGGAGCUGUGUGACCAGGUCAGAGGUCAGUGUCCGUGUCGUAUGGAGGUGGGCGGGCGACGCUGUGAUCGUUGCCUGUCUGGGUACUACGGCUUCCCACUGUGUCGGCCCUGUAAGUGUAACGGCCUGGCUGAACUGUGUGACCAGGACACUGGAGCCUGCCUGGACUGCAAGGAGCACUCCACCGGAUACAAUUGUGAGAGCUGUGUGGAGGGUUACUUUGGUGACCCAGUCUCCAGGGAGCCCUGUAAGCCUUGUCUGUGUCCUGACACUCAGUCCAGUGGACGGUUCUUUGCCAGCACCUGCAACAAGGACCCAGAGUCUGGUAGCCUGACUUGUGACUGCCUGGCUGGACACACAGGUCUCCGCUGCGAUGCCUGCUCCGCUGGUUUCUACGGCGACCUGACCGCGCCGGGCGGCGGAGGCUGCGACGAGUGUCUAUGUAACAACAACAUCGACCCUGCUGACAGUGACGCGUGUGACAGUGUGACGGGCGAGUGUUUGCGUUGCCUCCACAACACCCAGGGACCCCGCUGUCAGAGCUGUAAGCCUGGCUACUAUGGAGACGCACUGGCCCAGGACUGCAAAGAGUGCUCCUGUGACCGGCAGGGAACGGAUGUGACCCAGUGCCCUCUGGGCAGCCCGUGUUUCUGUGACCCGCUGACGGGUCAGUGCCCGUGUCGGGCGGGCGCGGUGGGCACGCUGUGUGACGAGUGUGCCACCGGCUUCUGGAACAUUCAGGGAGAGUCCGGGUGCCAACCGUGUAAAUGUGACCCUGCUAACUCCUUCAAUAACCACUGUGACAAGGUGACUGGUCAUUGCCAGUGUCGUACUGAGUUUGGAGGAAGACAGUGUAAUGAGUGUGGGGAAAAUCACUUUGGGAACCCUGACCUGCAGUGUGUUUCCUGCGAUUGUAACAUGGAGGGUACCGACCGCCCCGCCUGCAACCCAUUGACGGGUGAGUGUCUGUGCCGCGUUGGUGUGAUGGGCAUCUUCUGUGAUGAGUGUGCCCCUGGGUAUGACCAAGUCUUCCCCGCCUGCCUCCCGUGCCACCCCUGUGCCGUCCUGUGGGCGGACAACGUCACCGACGUCCACCGUGCCGCCCAGAGGAUGCGCACCUUCAUCCCUCCCCCCCGCGAACAGCUGGAGCCUGGACACAGUCGUCAGUUGCAACGAAUGCUGGAGAUGCACUCCAAGCUGGACUAUCUGGGGAACCUGACAGGGAGAUCCCUACCUCGGGUGAAAGACGUGGAGAAGCUGUGUGUCAUAAUCUCGAAACUCAAAGACUCCAUAGACCCCAACGCCAUCAUCGUGGACUCAUCAUCUCUUCUGAACACUGAGAUCGACAACAUCCACCACGAGUUCAAGAUGCUGUUGGAUAACUUAAGGAACAAAAUCGGCGAGGCUCCAAAACUAGAUCUAAAAGAAAUGCAGGAGGCCCUGGAGAAGAUCCGGAAGCAGCAUGCAGACUUCAUGGCUGAUGAGAAGAAGGUGAAGGAGGCCGAGAGGGCCCUGGAGAACUCCAUGGACACACGGCAGGAAAUCAAAGACCAUCUGUCCAGCUGCAGCAUCUUGGGAGACAUGGAGGGGCUGGAGAAGAAGGUCAAGGCUCUGAGUGUGGCCAAACUCAACAAAAACAUCUGUGGAGGCCCAGGCGAUGAGGAAUGCUCCAAAUCAGAGUGUGGGGGUGCGCUGUGUCGAGACUUCCUGGGACAGAGAGAAUGUGGGGGUCCUACGUGCAAGGGCAGCUUCCCUGUGAGCCACAAUGCCACAAAAACAGCUGAGCAAGUAGAGAAUGACCUUAUCGACCUGCUCCAAAAACUAAAGGACUCCAAGAUCAAGAUCAAUGAGGCCAAACAGGUGACCCAAGGCACUCAUGAGCAGGCAGAGGAGCUACAGAAGAAGAUCACUGACAGCAAGGAGAAGUAUAAGAGGGAGAAGAAUGACACCAAGGACCUCAUCAAUAGGGUCAAAGACUACCUCACAGAUGAGAUGGUGGCGCCAGAGGACAUAGAGAAUUUGGUCAAGGUUGUUCUGGCCAUCCAGCUGCCGGGCUCUCCGGACGACAUCCGCUCCAUGAUCCAGAACAUCCGGGGCGUGCUGACCAACUUCAUUGAGUUCAAGGAGGAUCUGAAAAAACUGAAGGACCAAGCCAAGACAGCCCAGGACCUGCUGGAGAAAGCUCAGGCUAUCAGGGACAGAACCAGGGCUAUUGAUGUUACGGAUCUCAAGAAAACCAUCACGGACACUGAGAAUACACAGGACAGGGUCGCGCAAGACCUGGAGAAGGCUAAGGAAAGCCAUGGCGUGGCGGACAAGAUGAUUAAAGAGAUUGAGAAGAAACUGAACAACAUAGAGACUAACUUGAACUCUACUAGAACUCCAGAGAUGCUGGAGGAGAUUGAGGUUCUGAAGAGCAAGACCGAGAUGAACAGAGAGCAGGCGGAGCAGGCCAAAGCUGAUGCAGAUGCAGCCAUAGGUGCCACUACUGACGCAGAGAAGGGGCUUGACAAGGUGACUGCGCUGUUUGAUAGGCUAAAGACGGGAAACACAAACCAGACCAAUAAUGAAGCGGCCAACGAACGCCUGAAGAACAUUACUGUGGAGGCAGAGAAAGUUGCAAAAGACAUCCGAGAUAAAAUUCAACAAAUUGACGACUUGGAGAAAAAGAUCCAAGACUUCAUCAGAAACAAAGAGGACAAGGCCAAGGAGGUUGCCAUGUUGCUGGAGAUGGUAGAAGCCCUCCAAAAGGAGAUUACUGCGCGUGUGGAUGGUUACAUUAACUGUACCUCCUAACACCCCCAAGGUGGAUCAAGAGAUGAUUCAGGGUCACAGACAUCUGGACCGCUGCGCCACAAAAGGCCCUGCAUCUCAGUGCAAGAGGUGUCACUACAGUACCUGGUUCGAAUCCAGGCUGCAUCACACCCGGCCAUGAUUGGGAGUCCCACAGGGCGGCGCACAAUUGGCCCAGCGUCGUCCGGGUUUGCCCGGGAUAGGCCGUCAUUGUAAAUAAGAACUUGUUCUUAACUGACUUGCCUAGUUAAAUAAAGGUUCAAUAAAAUAAAAUAAAAAGCUCUUGAGUUUUGCGGCUGAAUUUGAGAGUGUAGUUCUCCUAACGCUCCACAGGGAGGCGUUUGGUGAUCAUGAAACUGACAGUUGAGAGAGAGGGCUCUUGUGUGCUCGUUCUUUACUUUAUCUUGUAAUACACAUUAUUAUUUUACCAACCUGACCUACUUAUCUGCUUACAUGGUCUAAUGUGAAAAAAGGGGGAAAGUUUUCUUGCUGACCUUUUUCAGGUUAUUCUACCUCUACAUUCUACCUCUACUCUGCAUCUACAUUCUUUCCAAUCAUUUUCCAGUUUGUACCCUGGUCUUUGGUGGAAGUAGACCUCUUUGUAAGAUUUGACAGGUCUUUGUUGAGCUUGUUAUUGGCCUGAAACAAUGUUGCCCCCAGCCUGGCUUAGGAUGUGAUGAGAUUUAACACACUCUCAGGUUUGGAAUGGGUCCCAGCUGGGUUUGGAAUGCGUCCAUUUGUCACUACUCUGGCCCGGAAUGUUCACUCUCUCUUUGCCUUUUGCACAGGUGGGCAUUAAAUGUACAUUGUCAAUUUUGUAAUUGACGUGUAAAAUCCCAAAUGUCAGUUGCAUUAAGCCCCCACAUCCACUAUAAGACCCCCCCUCUCGGUUUUACUCUCUCUGCCUCUCUUUCUCUCUCUCCACCUCUCUUUUACUCCCUCUACCUAUUUCUCUCUCUACCUCUCCUUCUCUCUCUACCUCUUUCCAGCUCAUUGACCAUGCUUUGUGGUGAGGAGAACACACCACUUACUACUAAUGUCAUUUCCAUCCAGCUGUUAAUGGCUAACUGCCAUGCUUGUUUUGCUUCAGUAAGACUCUGUGCUCUAUACAAUUGACCUGAGUUAGCAGCCUUUAUUGCCAGAUUCUAGAUCUGUAUAUGCUUUAGCCAACUCUUCUGACUGUCAGACUAACGACACGACAGAGAGGAGUUGGCUAAGAAAGCAUAAACAGAUCUCGAGCCAGGCUACAGUAUUUACAUAGUAGCAUUGAAUUAUACGUUUCUCCCAAAAGUCAAAUGAAGUUGCAGAAUGUGGGUAUGAAAUAAAACCGGGUACCUCACAGGUAGAAAUGAUAUGGCUUUUCAUCAAAGUAAACGCGUGGACAUGGACGGAAUGCGUAUGAACAAUCGCUAGGGCUCUUGUUUGCUCAAAUCCUAGUGAGUGGUGAGUUCCAUCUCAUUCCUCCCAGGACACAGUCAGUCCACUCACCGCCGGGAACGUGUCACAGACGGGUCUGAAUCCACUCCCUCCCCCCUGGUUGUGUUUUUAGACGGGAGGAAUUCACAGACCAUUGAUUGCUCUGCCUGAUUGAAGGUCGCCACUGGUUCGUGUGAUGCAACUAAUUACAGAAGAGGGCGGUGGUUAUUUGAGAACCUUUUAAACCUUUUAAGGUUUUUUAGUUGUGUUUGUUCUUGAAUGGACAGAUUGUGCUAUGUUUAGCCCGUCAGUGGUAUUUCUUACCAUGGAUUAUUAGGAAUUAUUUCAGAAUGAGAGAUUGCGUUCACUGUAUUAGUGUCAUUUAACAAAGGCCUACAUUUAUUUUUUGCAAAUGAGACCCCUUUUCUGUGUUGCAAGACCAGUCGCAUGUCCCUUCAGGUAUCAUACGUCUUUGUUAUUUUCAGCAGUAAAACAAGGAAUGGUUCAUGAAUACCACAAGUAUGUUUUCAAAGCCAUGUGAUGCGGUCAAUCAGUUCUUUCUUUCUUUAAUGUGCCUAGUGGAUGUGAACAUGGUCUAGUUUCUUUGACUCAAAAAUCUUAUUGAAUCUGUUCCCACAGUCCCCCUCUGUCUUCUCACAGGUAAUUGAAUGAGGACAUCUGGCCUGUUUCUUCUCCAGCCUUCUGAACUUUUGCAGCAACAUACCGUGUUAUAUAAUUAUGGUGGUAGGUUAUUCACCGUAGGUGAUAGUUCAGUCUUUGGCGCUAGCCUGUCAUUACCAACAACAGUACAGGAAAGUUACAAGGGAAAACGUUACAAUUUGAGAUUCAAAGGACAGCUCCAAUAACAGGGUGGGACAUGUGGGGGUGGUGGUACAUGUGGUGGUGGUGGUACAUGUGGUGGUACAUAUGGUGAUGGUACAUGUGGUGGUGUCGGUGGUGC